AUGGGCUCGAAGAGGCGCACCAGAAGCCCAUCAACCGAUCCGCCUCCACCGUCCCGGCGCCGCCGGCUUAACAGCGGGCCACUGGAGUGGAGGGACUGGCCAGCACUGCCCGGCGACGUCCUGUGGGUCAUCCUGAGCCUGGUCCCGCAAGCCGACGCCCUCCUCGGCGCGGGGCUCGCGUGCGCCUCAUGGUGGCGGGUGGCCGCCGGCGAGCCGCUGCUGUGGCGGCACAUCGACCUCGCUGACGAGAAGACGUACUCACCAGCGGCCUGCCAGGCGAUGGCGCGUGCCGCCGUGCAGCGCAGCGCCGGCCGCUGCGAGUCCUUCCGCGGCCGCGUCGACGGCGAUGUACUGCCCUUCCUCGUCCACAGCGCGCCGUCGCUGCGGAGCCUCCACGUGACGCGGGCACGCGGCUGCACGACAUGAGCAGCGAGAAGCUCAUCUCCGUGGUGGCCGAGAAGCUCCCGCUGCUCGAGGAGCUCGUGCUGUCGCACGGCCAGAUCAAGGAAGACUCGUUGGUCGCUCUCGCCCACCAAUGCCCACG